AUGGACAUCUUGGCUUGCAGAUCCGAAGAGAACAGUUAUAAUAUCCUUCCCUCUGCGGCAACGAUGCUUUUCCAUGGCCUCCCUGGAGGCGACGUGCACGGUGUGGUGGAAGAAAUGGACCGGAGAGGAAAGAGCGAGUCAGCAGCCAUCAGUUCAGCCAUCGAUAUGGGGGAAUCAGAGACGUCCAUGCCGUGUAUGAACAGCGAGCGCGUGGCUCUGUGCGCGGGCUGCGGGAGGAAGAUCUCGGACCGGUACUACCUGCUUGCCGUAGACAAACAGUGGCACAUGAGAUGCCUCAAAUGCUGCGAGUGUAAACUCAACCUGGAGUCUGAACUCACCUGCUUCAGUAAAGACGGAAGCAUCUACUGUAAGGAGGAUUACUACAGAAGAUUUUCGGUGCAGAGAUGCGCUCGGUGCCAUCUGGGGAUCUCAGCCUCGGAGAUGGUGAUGAGGGCCCGGGACCUGGUCUACCACCUUAACUGCUUCACCUGCACCACCUGCAGCAAGAUGCUCACCACCGGAGAUCACUUUGGUAUGAAGGACAGUCUGGUGUACUGUCGGCUGCACUUUGAGACUCUCAUCCAGGGAGAAUAUCAGACACAUUUUAACCACGCGGAUGUGGUCCCUCACAAAGGCCUGGGCCCGGCCAACACGCUCGGACUAUCCUACUUCAACGGCGUGGGGACAGUGCAGAAAGGCCGGCCCAGGAAGAGGAAAAGCCCCGGGCCUGGGGCCGAGCUGGCCGCUUAUAACGCAGCUUUGAGUUGCAACGAGAACGACGGUGAGUCCAUGGACCGGGACUCUCAGUACAGCUCCAGUCAGAAGACCAAGCGCAUGCGGACUUCCUUCAAGCACCACCAGCUGAGAACCAUGAAGUCCUAUUUCGCCAUCAACCACAACCCAGACGCCAAGGACCUGAAGCAGCUGGCCCAGAAGACGGGCCUCACCAAGCGGGUCUUACAGGUCUGGUUCCAAAACGCUCGUGCCAAGUUCAGGAGGAACCUUCUGCGGCAGGAGAGCACCGGCGUGGACAAGGCGUCUGACGGCUCCACGCUGCAGGGCGGGACGCCGUCGGGACCGGCCUCAGAGAUCUCCAACGCCUCCAUGAGCCCCUCAAGCACCCCUACCACCCUGACGGACUUGACCAACCCCACCAUGCCCACCGUCACCUCGGUGCCGGGGGGCUUGGACGUCCAUGAGUGCAGGAGCCCGUGUCAGACCACGCUGACCAGCCUCUUCUGA